AUGGAUAGCAAUAGCUCGUUGGGGUCCUACAACUCGGGCCCAAGAACCCCCAUGAUGGCCCAGGUUCAAAACAGCCGGUCGUCUUCGCCGAGCUCGCCUCAGGGUCGGGUUCGAAGCGGGUCAGCAGCCUCUCUGGGGCUAGAACUCGACAAGGAUACGCCCCCAGAGAUGAUCCCCAUUCUCACGCUCCUGGCGGCCCAGAAGGAACGGGUUUAUUUCGAGGGCUACUACAUGCUGUUAAAUGAUUUGAACAAGGAUGGAAAACCAGUCAACGAUCGAAAAUGGGUAGAGGUCUACGGCAGACUCCAGGGAACCGUCAUGUCCAUCUGGGACGCCGAAGAGCUCGAUAGACACAAGGACGGCCUCGCAAAGCUCAAGCCCUCAUACAUCAACGUCACCGACGCCACGUUCAAGUCCAUCUUGACGCUCCCUUCUCCCAACGGAGACCUGCAAAACAUUAUUGUGCUUUCCACAACGCUGAAAAACAGAUACCUGCUGCAGUUUUCGUCCCAGAAGCUGCUGCAGGAGUGGUCUUCUGCCCUCAGACUGUCGCAAUUUGAGUAUUCCUCUCUCCAGGAGGCCUACACUGGUGGUCUUCUUUCUGCCAAGGGCCGACAGCUCAACGGUAUCCGAACUCUUUUGGCUGAGACCCGGUUCGCUCACGAAGACUGGGUGUCUGUGCGAUUUGGCCCUGGCAUGCCUUGGAAACGAUGCUGGACCAUUGUGGCUCCCGUCGACCCCAAGGUCAAGUCUAAGGCCAAGAAGAAGGGCUAUGAGGCUUACGGCACUGUAUCCUUUUACGAAGACAAGAAGAAGGUCAAGAAGCCACCGCUUGCCAAGAUCACAGUCGCUCAGUCCGCUUACGCCAUCUACCCCUCGUCUCCCAUGCUUAUCAACAACUCGACGCUGUUCAAGAUUGAUGGAACUGUUACCUUUGACGACGUUGAGGGUGCUAAGGACGCUUCUGUGUUCCUUAUGCCCGAGCAGCAUGCCGGUGUGCUUGGUUUUGAGACCCUGAUCCGAUUCCUUGUCCCUGUAUUUGAUGCUUUCAAGCUCUAUGGUCGACCUGUCCGUCUUAACGCCGAUAAGACCGACCAGCGGUCGCUUCUGUUUGGUAUGCCCACACUUCCCCGCGUCAAUUAUCUUGAGCUCGCUGACAUUCUCAUGCUCGUCGGUGUCUCUGGAUCCGAGUCCUGGUCUCCUGCCAUGUGGACCAAAAACAUUAAGGAGAUUCUGUCUCGAAAGAUGUCCACUGGCUACAAGGGCUCUGGCGGUCUCGCCUCCCGACGAGUCUCCUCUAUCGGCUCCGGUAUCGGAUCUGGAGGCAACUCGCCGUCCUUGGCCAUCCCUCCCAAUGUGUUCGGCAAGGACCGUUCUGUGUCGCAGCCCAACUCUCCGGCAAGGUCACGUGAACAUUUGCGGGAGCCCCCGCGACGGGAGAUUCCCCAGCGGGAUCCCAACAUGACGUUUGGACCAGUCCCCGAGGACAAUGGCCACCCUCUACCGAAGGCUCCCACUGGCGGUGCUUCUCUGCAGGUGCCUCGAACUCACGAGCGUCACGUAAGCGACGGAGCCAAGCCCAACACCCUGCUGCCCUCCAUUGGCAAGUCCACCGACCCUAAGUCGCCCCAACUCCCAUACCCCACUUCUGGUGCGUUUAUGGAUGAGGACAGCUACGGACGAGCCGUUGAUGGCCCCAACCUCAACCACAAGGGCUCUCGGGGUGACAUCCGAGAUGUUUCUCGAGGCGACACCCGAGCUGAUAUCCGAGAGUCCAUUUUCGGCACUCGAGACCCUACUGAGGACAUGAGCAAGCUGUCCAUCCAGACCAACGCCACCCAGCCUAAGACUCCCACCGUCCAGGCCGCACCCAAUGGCGUACCCAGCGGCCAGAAUGCUAACAACAACUCCAUGUACUCCGUGGCCAACAACUCCUCUUCUUCUGGCUUCUCUCAGCGGUCCCGAGGACCUGCUCAGAAUGGUAACAGUCCCCAACCUCCUCCCCACGGCUUCCAGCGACAGGGAAUGGGUGCUAACGGUGCUCCUCAGGGCCCUCCUGCCGGAAACGCAGGUCCCGGUCCUCAGGCUGGCAAUCCCGGCUCCCAGUUUGCGCGACAGCAGCCUCCUCCUCGACAGCAGCCCCAGGAACGACCUUAUGGCGGCCCUCAGGGUGGUGCCCACGGCCAGGGCCAUCCCGGUCGAAACUAUGGCCCCUCUGCUCCCUACGCUCAGCAACAGGGCCGACCUUCUUCUCCCCAGAUGCCGGCUGUCCAGCCCCAGCGAUCCCAUUCGCCCGCUGGCAACUUCCGAGGUCCUCCUCCUAACGGUUUCGGUGGACCUGGCGGCCCUCCUCCUAACGGUUUCGGUGGACCUGGCGGCCCUCCCAACCAGGGAAGACCUCAGGGACCCCCUCAGGGACACCAGGGACCUCCUCAGGGACACCAGGGACCUCCUCAGGGACGACCUCAAGGUCCCCCCGGCCAAUUCCAGCAAGGUCCUCCCCCUCAGGGUUACCAAGGGGCUCCCCAGCCUCCUCGACAUGGCGGCCCUGGUGGACCUGGGGGUCCUGGCGCUUAUGGUCCUGGUCCUGGUCCUGGUGGACCUGGUGGACCUCCUGGAGGCAUUCAUCGACCUCAGCCUCGAUCUGCCAUUCCUCCUGGACAGCAGCAGAACUUUGGAGGACCUCCUCCUGGUCAUCAGGGCGGACCUCCACCUCAUAUGAUGGGUCCUCGAGGCCCUGGUGGGCCUCCUGGUCAGCAGGGCCAGGGACGGCCUCCUCAGGGACCUCCCGGCGGACCCCAAGGCCAGACGCAGCCUCACUACCGAUCCAUGGUUAUUUAG